ACGUUAGCUUCCGAUUGGGCGUGCGCCAAACAAACAUUAAGGUAUACUACCUCCUUAAGUGUGUAAAAGUAAAUACUCUCUUUUCCCUGUUCACAAGAGCAUACCGGAUGCGGAUAAUGUUUCAUCCAAAAUGUAGUUACAAUUGACUGCUGUCGAUAAGUGCACUUAAAUGGUAUGUCUGUUUACCUGCCUGGCAGUACAAUGCUUUUAUGAUUAUUAAUUCAGUGACAGCUUUUGCUGGGCUUUACAUGAAUAUGCCCGAAAAUCUUAAAACUUAGCGCAAGAAGACUUACAGAACAGACCCUUUUACAAUGUUAUUGGAUAGAUCUUCAACUACUGCUCAUCAUCCAGACCUGGAAAUGCAACUUAACAUUAAAAAAGAAAAGAUUCACUGCGCUAUGACAAUGGCAAUAACAGCAGUAUACUUGGUUAUGACACAUCCUUCGUCGAUGUCCAGAUAUUUCGAAGAGACGCCAAUAACCGAAACAUUGAUAGAGUGGUCUUUGAAGUGGUCGGUGAUGGGUCAAAACAUUGCGGUUCGAAGCACGUUUUCUUUUACAGUACAUGUAGCGCUUCCAGUUCUCCGUGAUAUUAUAAACGGACACAAACGGUAAAUGCGUAUUUGAUGUACAGUUAAAGGGAAGUAAAUGAAAAAAAGAUAUUACAUACUUUCUCUGUACAUCGAUUUACACCAGUUCUAUAACUUUGGAAUAUGCAGCGGAUUAAGAGUGAGGUAUAGUGCACUAUCAACUAGAGAUUGAUGCUAAUCUAUACAAGCCAUGCUAAACAAACUGUAGUGUGAAAGCAGUAAUACCGGUGCAAAUCACUGAACAGAUAAAAGAUCAUGUAAUUUAAUUGUAAUACAAUAACAUUUGUGAGAUAUAACUUAUUUCAUGAUGGUAAUAAACAGUUAAAGGGAAGUAAGUAAAAUUUGAAUAAUUGUACAUUUUAUUUGUAUAGGUUUUUCUCGCGACACCUUGAUAAAACUGACUUCUUUAUAAUUGCAAAUACAAUUACAUGGCAUUUUGUGACAGCAAAUUACGCAAAUGUUGUGAAUCUAUUUACUGAUGUCCAAGAGACUUCUCCUGAGAAUUGGACAUAAACAGGAUACAACAGUCUGAAAUAAACAACAUUUACUCCAUUGCUCGGAUGUUAAAUUAUAUUCAGUAGAACGUGUAGAAAUCCAAUCAAACAACACACUAUGCAAAAAAACAUAGAAGAAACAAACACUGACCAUAACAUAUGAAUCGAUAGACAAUAACAUAUGAAUCGAUAAAAGACAAUAAUAACUGUAUACUAAUUAUUAUAAGAUAUUUUGCUAUGACCAGCAAUAAUUUUGCAAACAUGAUCAGGAAAGUUUUAUAGCACAUAUUUAAGGUUUGAAAACAAUCAUCAUGGAAAGUUUUGUAAACAAAUUUGACAUUGGCCGGAAUGCUUGCCUCCUAAUUAAACAAAUAAAUGAAUGGCCCAAGACUACCGUUAAUUUUACUAUAUGUUCUAUAUAGACACGCAAAAAUGAUGUGAUUUUUAUAGAAAUAAAAGAAGCAUGUUUCCUAAAUAUAAAUUUAUCCAAAUAAAGAGCUACUUAAAAUUAGAGUACAAUAUCUUUGUUCAAAUUUUAUGAAAAUUAUUCGUAUCACACAUCGAAGCACGUAGUCUGUUCAUAUGAAAAACAAAAAUGUGUACUAAGAAAAAUCAUGUAGCUGUGAUGUUUGCCUUUUUUGAAGCAACCUAGUUUUUUUAUAUAUAUGUGGCAAAUAUUUUUUGAAUAGAUUUUGUACAUUAAUGUUUACAUAAAUGUGUAGUAUAGUUUUCAAUGCUAAUUCAUGAUUGGCUACCCUAGGUAAAAAUGAGCCGAACAGCUAUGAAAAGUUCAAUAUGUGAGCUUACUGAAAGCUAAUGAGUCUUUCUGGAAUAAAUAUUUCACUCAAAUCUUACAGUUUAAAGACAUUUAUCGUACUCUGUACAUAAAACUUGCACAUGAUGACCAUUUACACAGGACAAUUCUUAUAUUAUGUAUUGCAACUAAGCUUUCUUGCAAAAACAGCUCUUCAAAGAAAGUUUGAAAUGUUAAAACGUGCCCCUCACAACUUUUCUAUGAACAUUUAUAUCACAAUCUCCUUUACCAACAAUGUGAUAUAAAACCUCUAAACCAUCACUUUCAUAUGUAAACUGUGCCAUAACAUCAGGUAAAAUGAGCUACGAUCUAAACUGAAUAUCCCCACAGGGAAAACAGCUUAGUGCAUCAACUAUUACGAACAAAAUCCUGUAUAAUUUGAUGGUAAUUGUGUAUAAAUUCAAUCUCGCUUCCACAAUUGCGGAAAAUAGUCAUUAUGGCAGAAAUAGCUG